UCCACCGUCCAAUCCACUUCUAUAUGUUGCGACAGACCUUAGCCAUCAGCAGCAGAGUGAUUCGUGUGAAAACAAACAGUGGCUUUUAUCUUUUGACCGUUGACCUCUCUUCUUGCGGUGGGGAGAUAUCAACAAUUCCAUUUGUGGAUCGAAAUGGUUAUUAUUAUUCAUUAUGCAACGGCUUAUUCGUUUCUCCUCUUGGUGAUGACCUGUUUAUUUUUUAUUCAAUCGGUGAGUGCCUACAACAUUCUCAUUGUAUCGCCAAUCACGACGCCGAGCCACACCAACAUCUUGAAACCGUUGGUGAUGGCUCUAGCCGAUGAACGCGGUCAUUCCGUCACCUAUUGGAAUGGAUUGAAACCUCCGUCGACGUUCAACUCGACCACAAACAAUUUGCGCGUUCUACACUCGCCGAAUCUGGCCGAAAUCAACAGCGAUCACCAAAUCGGAUUCAACGAUCGCAACAGCGCGUUCCGCCUCUUUUUCGACAUUUCUAAAAGGAUGGAAAUGUAUUGCACGGCCGUUUAUCAAGAUCCUGUUUUCCAUCAGCUGAUGAACAACACGAUGAGAGAGCGAUACGAUCUGAUCGUCAUCGAAGGAGUUUUCAAUGAAUGUUCUUUGUUACUCGCUCAAGCUCUAGACUUGCCAUUUAUUUACUUCAACUGUUUUUUACCUCCGCCUUGGCUGUUGGACGCCAUUGGCUCGCCGUUGGCCUCAGACUAUUUCCCUCAUCCCGGGUUGAGUUACACAGACGAAAUGAAUAUAUGGCAGAGAACAUUCAACUUGUUAACCGGCGUUUUUGUUGUCUACUUUCAUCGGUGGUAUGUCAUGUCGACGGUCGAUCGAGUCGCUGCCAAUGUCCUCGGAAUGGAAAACCUCACAUCAGUCCUGGAAAUUGAAAAUCGCUAUUUGAGUAUGUUGAUGACCAACACGCAUUUCAGCAUCAAUUAUGAAUAUCCAACACCUCCAGCUGUCGUCCAAGUUGGUGGAUUGCAUUGCGUUCCUUCUAAACCUUUGCCGGAAGAAUUGCAAUCGUUUGUUAAUGGAUCCGGUGACGAUGGAUUUAUCAUCGUCAGUUUCGGUUCCAUUUUGAAAAAUGCCGACGUUCCUGACGGCAUCCGACGUCUAUUUCUCUCAACGUUCGCUCGAUUGACUCAAAGAGUCAUUUUCAAAUGGGAAGAUGACAGUAAAAUGAAAGAUGAUGAUUACAUUCCUCCCAAUGUGAAACUCAUGUCUUGGAUGCCGCAACAAGAUUUACUGGGUCAUCCGAAAAUUCGUUUGUUCAUCACCCAUUGCGGAUUAAAUAGUAAACAAGAGGCCGUCUAUAAUGGCGUUCCGUUUAUCGCACUGCCAGUUUUUGCAGACCAGCCGAUCAAUGCCCAAAAAGCUCACGACGAUGGGUACGCCAUUCGACUCGACUGGGAUUAUUUAACGGAAGAAAUUCUCUACGAUGCCAUUCAGCGAAUUCUUUUCGAUCCAAGAUAUGCCCGGAGGAUGAAACAGGUUUCGGCUUUGAUGCGUGACCAGAUAGAGAGUCCAAUGGACAGGGCCAUCUAUUGGAUAGAAUACGUCAUCCGGCAUGAAGGAGCUCCUCAUUUGCGUAGCGCGUCUCGAAAACUUUCUCUACACCAACGCGGAUUCAUGGACGUGAUACUCGUCGUUUUAUUCACGAGUUUAAUCGUGGCCUACGUGACUAUUCGAUUCGGCUAUCGCUCUUUGUCCUUUCUCGGCAGAAAUCGUCGUGGAAUAAUGCAGACGAAGACAGCCGUUUCUAAUACCAAAAAAGAUGAUUGAUUAUGAAAUUCAAAAAUGGUUGAACCUCAUAUAAAAAUUGUACCUUAAUCACGUUAAAGUCGUCUAUUAUUAUACGAAUAUUCUUCUAUGUUAACUAUUUUUAGAAUAAUAAUACGUGGGUUGUCAUCCUCGAAUGCAAAUUCUUCCAGCCGCUCUAACAUAACGCUACGCCAGCAAAGGCAAUAUCAUCACAGGUAUUUAUCGAAUAAAGAAUAUUAAUAUUAAUGUACUUUAUAAACUUUUUAGCUACUAUUAUAAUUCACUCGUAAAUUUUGUUCAGAAAGUUUUAAAUAAGACUCAAUAAAAAAACCUAAUGGACGUAUAGCAAUGACAUAACUUGUCGUAUUUUCGUAAUAGUUGACAUUUUUGAUCCAUUUCAGUUUCACCAUUUCUCUGAUUCCCCUUCUUGUAUAAUGCGUAUAUUAUCGUGUUUUUAUCUGCAACAAAAAUCAGAAAGAUAACGGUUAUUUAUUAUGAUGAUGAUAAUAAUGCAAAAAUUUAGCUUAUGACAUAUAUAGGCCUAUAUAUCACUCUCAAAGUCAGAUUCCGGCUGAUGGACUGGUGAUGGCUGGAAAGGUGAAUGACUCAUCACACUCAUCACUCUCAUGGACACUGAAUGUACCGCGUAAGAUGCCGGACUGCGUUGUCGGGUGUAGGCAGCUAUGUAAGAUUUAAUGGUAUGUAGCUAGGCGAUUUCGUCGAGUAACUGACUUUGUCUGGCGCUGGGUAAAAUUGUUAAAUAAAUAACCUUUAGUUCAACUGAAAGGAGGUGUGAAAUCAAAUUGAAAAUAAACCGGAAGUAAAUUUCAUUGUCGAAGUCAAGUGAUGAGAUUCCAAAUAAAGAGUUAACUUUGAUUUACUCGAAUAGGAAAUUCCAUUUGUAACUGCGCUUUUUUUUUACCGUGAGCAGCUUUGUGAACGUGAGCAGCUAUAGGUUAAUUCCAUCGGAAGUGGCCGGAAGUUACAGAACUGUUCCGGUUGCUCGUAAAUUGACGCUUCGGAAUUGGGUCGUGGA